AUGUCCAGCUCAAUGGAUCCCCAAUUGGGCGAGUCAAAGAAGCGCAAAAGAAAGCGGACGAAGCCCAUGGAGGCAAAACCUCAAACCCAAGCCGCAGCGCCUGCCCCAAGCGACCGAGUUCCUGCGCCCGCAGAAGAACGCUCAGAAAAGAGCAAGAAGAGACGGAAGACGUCUCAUUCGAGCGAAGAUGAAGAUGAAGACAAGCCUACGAAAGAUGCUGCGGAAGAAACAAGAGGAGAGUCUUCGGAUAACGAGGAGGCGGACGACGAAGUCGACAACAAAGACGAAGCAGGCUCUGAACUGGAAGAGACGGUCAACACCACAACCAUGAGCACAGAAAUCACUUCUGCUCCUACUUCCGCCUCCGUAGACCUGCCUACAGACGCCGUGCCUUCGCUUCCCGGCACUGAAACCACUCCUCAAGCCUUCUCUGAACUCAGUCUGUCGGAAAAGACGAUGAAAGCCAUCAAAGAAAUGGGCUUCACGGCCAUGACCGAGAUCCAAAGACGGGGCAUCCCUCCGCUGAUGGCGGGCCGUGACGUUCUGGGCGCCGCCAAAACCGGAUCGGGGAAGACACUCGCUUUUCUGAUUCCUGCGGUGGAAAUGCUGCACGCUCUCCGAUUCAAACCGCGCAACGGCACGGGCGUCAUCGUGGUCUCGCCCACGCGAGAACUGGCGCUGCAAAUCUUCGGCGUGGCCCGCGACCUCAUGCAAUUCCACAGCCAGACCUUUGGGAUCGUCAUCGGAGGCGCGAACCGCAGCGCCGAAGCCGAAAAGCUCAGCAAGGGCGUCAACCUGUUGAUCGCCACCCCGGGCCGGUUGCUCGACCACCUCCAAAACACCAAGGGGUUCGUGUACAAGAACGUCAAAGCCCUUGUGAUCGACGAAGCCGACCGCAUCCUGGAAGUCGGGUUCGAAGACGAGAUGCGGCAGAUCGUCAAGAUCCUGCCGGACCGCGAGCACCGACAGACGAUGCUCUUCAGCGCGACCCAAACCACCAAAGUCGAGGACUUGGCCCGUAUCUCCCUCCGGCCGGGCCCUCUUUACAUCAACGUGGACCAUAAAACCGAGCACAGCACAGUCGCAGGGCUCGAACAGGGCUACGUGAUCUGCGACUCGGACAAACGGUUCCUGCUCCUCUUCAGCUUCCUGAAGCGGCUGAUGAAGAAGAAGGACAAGAAGAUCAUCGUCUUCAUGAGCAGCUGCAACUGCGUCAAAUACCACGCCGAGCUGCUCACCUACAUCGACCUGCCCGUGCUGGAGUUGCACGGCAACCUCAAACAACAAAAACGCACAAACACCUUUUUUGAAUUCUGCAACGCCACCGCCGGCACUCUGAUUUGUACCGACGUCGCCGCCAGGGGUCUCGACAUCCCCGCCGUCGACUGGAUCGUCCAGUUCGACCCCCCGGAUGACCCGAGAGACUACAUCCACCGGGUCGGGAGAACGGCGCGCGGCGCCAACGGCAAGGGAAGGAGUCUGAUGUUCCUGCAGCCCAGCGAGGUCGGGUUUCUGAGUCAUCUCAAAGAGGCCCGCGUGCCCGUGGUCGAGUUUGACUUCCCGGCCAAGAAGAUGGUCAAUAUCCAGAGCCAGCUGGAGAAGUUGAUCGGCCAGAACUAUUACCUGAACAAGUCCGCCAAAGACGGCUACCGCUCGUACCUGCAAGCCUACGCCUCCCACAGCCUCCGCUCCGUCUUCGACGUCAACAAACUCGACCUGGUCAAGGUCGCAAAGAGCUUUGGGUUCCCGACCCCGCCGAGGGUGGACAUUCAGCUGGGCGCGAGCAUGCGCGGGGACAAACGCCAGAACCCGGCGAGGAGGAAUUACGGGAGCCAGCCGAGGCAGGGAGGAAACAGGUUUCAGAAAAAUGGGUUUAAGAGGAGGUAG